GUCGCAAUCAGUUCUGGUCUCGCUCUCCAGCGAACAACACAAAAUUACCCAAAAUGGAUUUCUACUACUCGCCCCGUGGAAGCGGAUGCCGUACAGUGAUCAUGGUGGCCAAGGCCUUAGGCUUGGAGCUUAACAAAAAGCUAGUGAGCCCCAUGGAUGGGGACCAUUUAAAACCGGAGUUCGUGAAGCUGAACCCCCAGCACACCAUCCCCACUCUGGUGGACAACGGACUCUCCAUUUGGGAGUCCCGAGCCAUUGCCGUGUAUCUGAUUGAGCAAUACGGCAAGGACGAUUCUCUCUUCCCCAAGGAUCCCAAGAAGCAGGCUCUAAUCAACCAGCGCCUUAACUUUGAUUUGGGAACUCUUUACGAUAGCUUCGCCAAUUACUACUACCCCCUUGUCCGCACUGGCAAGCCCGGAUCUGCCGAGGACUUCAAAAAGAUCGAGACGUCCUUCGGGUACCUGAAUAUCUUCCUCGAGGGCCAAGACUACGUGGCUGGCGACCACCUAACCGUGGCCGAUAUUGCCAUCCUGUCCACCGUUUCCACCUUCGAUAUCUUAGAUUUCGACCUCAGCAAGUACCCUAAUGUGGCCAGAUGGUACGCCAAUGCCAAGAAGGUGACUCCCGGAUGGGACGAGAACUGGAGUGGCCUUUUGCAACUGAAGGCAGUCUUUGAGGCCCCUAUAGCUCUUCUCAAAAUGGAUCUUUAUAAUAUGUCUGGGUCUCCGAGCACGCGGGCCGUCAUAAUGACCGCCAAAGCUGUGGGAGUCGAACUUAACUCGAUACAAGUCAACACCUUUGUGGGGGAGCAAUUGAAGCCGGAAUUUGUGAAGAUAAACCCGCAGCACACCAUUCCCACCCUGGUGGACAAUGGAUUCGUCAUCUGGGAGACCCGAGCAAUAGUGGUUUACCUAGUGGAGCAGUACGGAAAGGAUGAUUCUUUAUACCCCAAGGAUCCCCAGAAGCAAGCUCUGAUCAACCAGCUAUUGUACUUCGAUAUGGGCACCCUCUACGAGGCCAUUGCCAAGUACUUCUUUCCACUGCUCCGCACUGGCAAGCCGGGAACUCAGGAGAAUUUUGAGAAGCUUAUUGCUGCCUUUAAUCUCCUCAACACCUUUCUGGAGGGCAGGGAUUACGUUGCCGGAAGUCAGUUGUCCGUGGCCGACAUCGUUAUUUUGGCCACCGUUUCCACAACCGAAAUGGUUGAAUUUGAUUUGGAGCAAUUUCCGAACGUGGUCAGGUGGUACAAGAAUGCCCAAAAAGUUACCCCUGGUUGGGACGAAAACGUAGAAAGAAUUCAAAAUGCCAAAAAAUUCUUGGCCGAAAACUUAAUAGAGAAAUUGUAAAUGUUUAAAUUUAAU